CUAACCCCCGACGUGCCUUUUGUCGAGCCUGGUGGCCUGGCUUGGCAGGGACCUUUUUCGGUGGCUUCUGGGGAAAGUGGAAAAGGGGAGCAAGACCCACUCGAUUUUGAGCCUGGCGCCCUGAAGCCCGCCCUGAAGUCUAGUAGUCCGUGCUUGUCGUUGAUCCGUGCACGGCAGCAGCUUCGCUGGUCUGGAAAUUUGAUGGGCAAAUUCCCCUGAAGCACAAGCUCCCGACCCCGUCUCCUCGUACCCGUCAACUCCAAAUCCACCACCUCUUCCGCUCCAGCAACAUCUCUCCCAAUUGCACCCGCCGCGGUUUUGGCUGUACAUUCUUGAUACCCCUCACCCACUUUUAUUUCGUUUCGAUCAAUACUUAGCUCGAGAUGGCUCCUGCCGCUGCCGAGAGCGCGUCGCCGAUUGGCAUUGCCAAUCUGCCCAACCAACGGCACAAGAUUGUCGCGAAGAGGGGUGCCGCGUUUACUAUCAUGGUUGCUGGCGAGUCCGGGCUGGGCAAGACCACCUUCAUCAACACGCUCUUCUCCACCACGAUCAAGAACUACGCCGACCACAAGCGCCGGCACCAGAAGCAGGUCGACAAGACCGUCGAGAUCGAGAUUACCAAGGCUGAGCUGGAGGAGAAGUUCUUCAAGGUCCGCCUGACCGUCAUCGACACCCCGGGCUUCGGCGACUAUGUCAACAACCGCGACUCGUGGAUGCCCAUCAUCGAGUUCCUCGACGACCAGCAUGAGUCUUAUAUGCUCCAGGAGCAGCAGCCGCGCCGCCAGGACAAGAUCGACCUCCGCGUGCACGCCUGCCUGUACUUCAUCCGCCCCACCGGCCACACGCUCAAGCCCCUUGAUAUCGAGGUCAUGAAGCGGUUGUGCUCGCGCGUCAACCUCAUCCCGGUCAUCGCCAAGGCCGACACCCUUAGCCCGGCAGAUCUCGCCAAGUUCAAGUCGAGGAUCCAAGCCGUGAUCGAGGCCCAGAACAUCAAGAUCUACCAGCCGCCGAUCGAGGAGGACGACGAGGCCGCUGCCCAGCACGCACGCAGCUUGAUGGCCGCGAUGCCCUUUGCCGUCAUUGGCUCUGAGAAGGACGUGAAGACGAACGACGGGCGCAUCGUCAAGGGCCGCCAGUACUCGUGGGGCGUGGCCGAGGUCGAGAACGAGGACCACUGCGACUUCAAGAAGCUGCGAUCGAUCCUGAUUCGCACCCACAUGCUGGACCUCAUCCACACGACCGAGGAGCUGCACUACGAGGCGUACCGCGCGCAGCAGAUGGAGACGCGCAAGUUUGGCGAGGCCCGCCCGAGAAAGCUCGACAACCCCAAGUUCAAGGAGGAGGAGGAGGCGCUGCGCAAGCGCUUCACCGAGCAGGUCAAGAUCGAGGAGCAGCGCUUCCGGCAAUGGGAGCAGAAACUCAUUGCCGAGCGCGACAGCCUCAACAAGGAUCUCGAGCAGACGCACGCCCAGAUCAAGCAGCUCGAGGGCGAACUGGAGCAGCUGCAGGGAAGCGCCGUCCGCAGCCACGGGCGUCGCUAGGGGACCGUCGUUACGAGGUACUGACCUGCCGCGUCGUGGAUUUUGUCAACCUCCGGCCUCGCCCUGUUUCCGUUGGGCUCGCAUGAGCCAUGGUGCGGUAAUGAGGAAGCCGUUGGUUGACCAAAGUACCAUUGUCGUCCGGCUUUUUAUUAUUGUUUGUCCGUUUUUUUUCCUUUUACACCCCUCCCCGCCCUAGUUAUUUGAUAGCCAACGGGAAAAAGGUGCGCAAAUUCUUGGAGGGUAGAGGGACUUGGAAUUACCCCCAGGGACUUCAGGUCGUCGUCCUCGACGGACUCAACCUUCACGUCAGUUGUUUUCCGGAGCCCCUUUUUUAUUCGACCUUAGGAAUGAUGUAAUUUAGCCGCCUUCAUGAUACCAGAUAAUGAGAAAGGCUGCCUGUCCUGAAGGAAGCGACUUCUGCUGA